AUGGAGAUGGAGGAAAGUGAUAGAGUAAGCGAGUUCUUCAACCGUGUUAUAGCUGUUGCGAACCAAAUGAAGAACUGUGGUGAGACAAUUUCAGACAUUAUGAUAAUGGAGAAAAUCAUGAGAUCAAUGCCUCCUGCAUUUGAUCACAUUGUUGUGGCUAUUGAGGAAUCCAAAGAUUUGGAAAAACUCAAGAUCAAGGAGUUACAAAGCUCGUUUGAAGCCUAUGAGAUGCGAAGACGUGAGGGAAACCCAGUAAAACGCGACGAUCAAGCUUUAAAGAUCCAACAUGUUUCAGGUGAAGGAAAGAAAAAAUAUAACAAGUGGAAAGACUGCUCCAAUCACAUGAAAUACAACAAAGACUGGUUGAUGAACUUGGAUGAAUCCAAGAAAAGCAAGGUUAGGGUUGUGGAUAACAACAUGCUGAAAGUUGAAGGAAUUGGAAGCGUGAAAAUCAAGAGGAAGAAUGGGUUGUAUGCAAUGUUAGAGAACGUUCUUCUGGUCCUAAAGAUGAAAUGCAAUCUUUUGAGCGUGGGACGACUGACAGAAAAGGGUUUCAUUGUCAUCAUGGGAAGCAAUGGACAAAUGGAGCUAUACGACCAAGGUUCGCUUAGAUGUGGUCAAGAUUGUGAUGUUUGUCUUCUGUUAAAGAAGAUGAGAGCUGGAGAUGAUACCUUAGGUUCGGACACCUCAACUUCAAAGAUUUGCAGCGGCUGA